AUGUGCGAGCUGUUUGGGAGAAGACCUCGAGCUGUUGAAACACAGGGAUCGCUGCAGGAGACAGAGACCAGAUUCCUGCUCUUCAAAGACGAUCCGGGUCGGGGCUGCCGGAUCCGACUCCACCACCCAGACACACUACAGGAGUGCGGCUUCAACUCCUCCCAGCCUUUGGUGAUGAUCGUCCACGGGUGGUCGGUGGAUGGCAUGCUGGAAAACUGGAUCUGGCAGUUGGUGGCUGCACUGAAGUCCCGGCCAGGCCAGCCCAUGAACGUGGUGCUGGCAGACUGGAUCACCCUGGCUCAUCACCACUACACCAUUGCUGUCCGCCACACACGCCUCGUGGGUCAGGAGGUGGCGGCUCUUCUUCGGUGGCUGGAGGAAUCUGUGCCAUUUUCUCGAAGCAAUGUUCACCUAAUUGGGUACAGCCUGGGUGCACACGUCUCAGGAUUUGCCGGCAGUUACAUUGGUGGAAGGCACAAGAUUGGGAGAAUUACAGGACUGGAUGCAGCCGGCCCUUUGUUCGAGGGAACGACCCCCAGCGACCGUCUUUCUCCAGAUGAUGCAGACUUCGUGGACGCCAUUCACACGUUUACGAGGGAGCACAUGGGCCUGAGUGUGGGCAUCAAACAGCCAGUAGGGCACUAUGACUUCUACCCCAAUGGGGGCUCCUUCCAGCCCGGCUGCCAUUUCCUAGAGCUCUACAAACACAUUGCACAGCACGGCUUACAUGCCAUCACCCAGACCAUAAAAUGUGCCCACGAGCGGUCGGUGCACCUCUUCAUCGACUCCUUGCUGCAUGAGCACAUGCCGAGCACGGGCUACCAGUGCAGCGACAUGGACAGCUUCAGCCAGGGCCUGUGCCUCAGCUGCAAGAAGGGCCGCUGCAACACGCUGGGCUACCACGUCCACCAGCAGCCGCACAGCAAGAGCAGGCAGCUCUUCCUCGUCACCCGGGCGCAGGCCCCUUCAAAGCCCUCGCUGGGCUCACAGAGUCCACUGGUAGCUGACAACACUGGCUGCAUGCAUGAUGGGACCAAAGCCUGUGAGCAGAGAGGGCAGUCAGAGGUGUUCCCACCCGUGUCUGCCAGCAGGGAGAGGCUGGGUGAAGGAAUUACUAGUAAUAAAACCUAUUCCUUUCUUAUCACGUUGGACUUGGAUAUCGGUGAGUUGGUCAUGAUCAAGUUCAAGUGGGAAAACAGCGCUGUGUGGGCCAACAUCUGGAACACAGUGCAGACCAUCUUCCCAUGGGGCACGAAGCCCCACUACUCAGGCCUUGUUCUGAAGACCAUCCGAGCCAAAGCCGGAGAAACCCAGCAAAGGUGA